GGGGGGGGGAGACCUUUUAACCUCUUGCUCAGGAUGCCAUGCCACAAUCAGCAACUGAACAGUGUCAACAGUGGUCAGGAGCACCCAAUGAAGCAAGUGAGGUUUGCAAACAGCAGCAGCAGCAGCAGUGUGCCUGCAGUGCUGUCCAACUCUGAACCUACUGAUGCCUCCAUACAGCCCGUAAACCAAGACAACCUGGGCCCUCAGCUUAAACUGCUCCCCCUGAAUGACCAGAUCCGUGAAUUACAGACUAUAAUCAGAGACAAGACAACCAGCAGAGGAGACUUUGUGUUUUGUGCUGAUCGACUGAUCAGACUAGUAGUUGAAGAGGGUUUGAAUCAGCUCCCAUACUCGGAGUGCACUGUUACCACGCCAACAGGGUACAAGUAUGAAGGUGUCAAGUUUGAAAGAGGCAACUGUGGAGUCAGCAUAAUGAGGAGUGGUGAGGCCAUGGAGCAGGGUCUCCGGGAUUGCUGCCGCUCCAUCCGGAUCGGCAAGAUCCUCAUUCAGAGUGAUGAGGAGACACAGAAAGCCAAAGUCUACUACGCCAAGUUCCCUCCAGAUGUGUACAGAAGAAAAGUGCUGCUCAUGUACCCAAUCCUUAGUACAGGAAACACUGUGAUUGAGGCGGUGAAAGUGCUGAUAGAACACGGAGUCCAGCCCAGACAUAUUAUCCUCCUCAGCCUCUUCUCCACACCUCACGGAGCCAAAUCUAUAAUCCAGGAGUUCCCAGAUAUCACCAUCUUGACCACGGAGGUUCAUCCAGUGGCUCCGACACACUUUGGACAGAGGUACUUUGGCACUGACUGAACCAAGGACAACCUGAGGAACAUGAUCCGCAAAUUGCUUUGAGUAUAUUUUGUCUUGUUUAUUUAAAUGUAUCUCAUGUUCUCCUUGUUGUGCCAAAUACUGCUACGUUAUCUCCAAAGUUCCUGAACUGACACGAAAUGAUUAAUCUGAUCAGCUGUAUUUAUUAUCGUGUUUUUGCUGUGUAUACUCAUGCAUAAGAAAGAAAACAACAUUGAACCAUAUAAAGAGUUCAACUUGGAUAAUUUUAUUUUGCAUGUUACAACAACUGAUGGAAAAUAAAGGAUUUAUAUUUGUUAACAGACAGGACAGCAAGUGAAACAGUAUCACUACCUUUGGUGGUUCGGAGGUGUUAAAAAAGGGAAGCACCACAAUCACAUACUCCAAAGACAAUUUAAAAGGGACCAUACUGUAUGUGCUCUAGCAGUAUUGAACUCCUGUCUGCAAUGUGGGUAUAAUUUGUCAUCUUCUCAUGUUAUAAAUAUCCUACUAUCAGAUGAAAGCACAUUGCUUCAAUAGUUUAUUUUAAGUGUCACUUGAUGGAGCAAAAUAUACAGACACCGCCUGCAGCAGUUAUGAAUCAGUAAACUCAAUACACAGGAAAAUAGCUGAACAUUAUAACAAUAAAUAGACACACAAGAUUACAUGAAACAUUCAACAUCCACAUCUUUCCUAAUGUUUUAUACAUGCUUUCAAACACUGAAUCAUACCUCGGUUAAAACGACACACGGGUUUAAUGAAUAAAUUAGUUCUGUAUGUUAUGUAUGUUUAUCAGACAUGAGCAGCAUUUAAUUUGGCUUACCCAACAUAGUAGAAAAACAGAUCUGAUGAGGCAAGGUAAAGACACCCAACAGCAUCCAGGUUUGCUAAAGGCCCAACUCUUUACUCAUAGUGAAUAAAUGGGUGUACUCAAUCACAGAAAUGGUUGUCAACUAUGUACACUGGCUAAAUAUACAAGUCCAUAAUCCAAACAGUCUCGAGGAGAAUGUGUUUCAUUGGUAUUAAAAAUUUCAAAAUACAUAAACACAGGUAGAAAAAAUUUCAGAACAUCAUAUUGCAGAAGACCGCUGUCCUCUACCAACCAGUGGACGAGGAUCAGUCAUUACAUAUAUGUACAGUUAUCUGCAUGUUUAAAAAGAUCAAAAGGGUGAUUUUGUGCCUAUGAUGAAUGCAGAUUUCACUUUGCAUCCACAUGUAUAACUGUAAUCUUCCUAGGGGUGGUUGAUAUGGUAGAAAACAAGAUUGUGAUAAUUAUUGUUUUAUGUCUAUUGCAGUAUGUCUCAUUUUUACAUCAUUUGAAGGUCCAGUGUGUAACAUUUAGGAGGAUCUAUUGGCAGAAAUGGAAUAUAAUAUUAUGAGGUAUGUUUCCAUUAGUGUAUAAUCACCUGAAAAUAGGAAUCAUUGUUUUUGUUGCAUUAGGAUGAGACGUUUUUUUAUCUGAAGACACUGCCGGGCCCCUUCCAUGGAGUCCAGCAUGGUGAACCACUAUGUUCCUACAGUAGCCCAGAACGGACAAACCAAACACUGGCUUUAGAGAGGGCCCUUUGCGCUUUUUGCCACAAUAGUCAUAAACAAAUACAGACGCCAGUGGUGUUCAGUAAGCUUAAUCGGAAACUUCACCACUAGAUGCCACUAAAUCCUACACACUGGACCUUUAAGUUUGCCAUAAUACUGUGGUUGAGUCUUCAGCAAUAAUUUUCAGACAUAAUGAGCUGAAAUUUAUGCUUUCUCUCUUUUAAUUACUGUCACCAGUCUGAUCACACCUUGGUAAUGGCAUUUUAACUCGAUAUUAAAUGCUGAAAUACUCCA